UGAGAAGUGAAAAGCCUGUGUGCUAGUAAAUAAUGUGCGAAAAGCACCGAAAAAUUGUGCAUAAAUUUGUGAAAUUUUGUAUGCGUCGUGUCUGUGUGUGUGUGUGCGAAUCGAGUGUUGGACAGAGUGCAGCUGUAUAUGUGUAUUGGUGUUGAAAAAAUCUAUCUCUUCGCUACGCAUUUCACCCCCCGUUUUUGCGUAUUCAUUUGAUCUUCUUCCUCUUCUUGUGUAUCACUGUAGUCGCAUUACCGUUUCCCUCUGCGCGUGUGUGCGUUAAUAUUAUGCCUUUUGUUUUUUUUUUUAAUUCUUUGUUUAUAUUUACUUGUAUUUUGUUUUGCUUGGUCCUCUUUUUUCGUCUUCCUCCUUCCGACCAAAUGCGAUGCUCCGCACCCCGAAAUAAUUUAUAACCCCAUAAAAAUACUAAAACACAAUCUUGAAAUGCUCUGGCCCGCUGCCGCCGCAGAAUCAUAAAUCAACUUGCCAUCAAUUUUUAGACAAGCCUCCCACUCUGGAAACGAACUUUUCCGCGCACUCUGCCCGGCAUUCCCAUCCCCCCUGCUCGCCUCUCUCUCUCUCUCUCUGUGUGUAUUGCACCUGUCUCGCUGGGGUAUUUUGAUUACUUCGUCCAUCAAAUAUAACACCCCUCUACCCCGCAACCCCCCCACGAAUUUCAUUCGCCCCAACUUGCAGUCUCCCACUCGCUCUCUCUGUAUCCGAGAGAUACAAUAUUCUCUCCAAAUAGUUUUCUUGGAGCCCCGUCGCUCAGUUGAAUUUUGGCGCCCGCGUCUAACAGUUUGGGGCUCGGGAAACCCAAAAGCAUUCGUAGAGUCCAAGGAAAAUGCUGUGUAGAAACGCGUGGAUUUAUUUUUAGCCAUCGUGCCGAUUUUAAAUGUUCCAACGCUCCAUAUAAAACGCAAAUCAGCAGCAAAUAGAUCGCAGAUCGGGAAGAGCACUGCCAAAUUAAUUGCCAAUGCGAGGAGCCUGCCAAUAAACAUUCAGCCAGUUCAUAAGAUAAGAUCGAUGGGCCAUCAUCGUCCAGUUCCCAAGAUCUCCAUUAUAUAAUCAUGGAAAUGGAUUGACGGUCGGGCCAUCCAGAGAUACACAGAGAGAAAGAGCGGCAGAGACGGAAAUCAAAUUAGAAAAACCAAAACCGAACAGAAAUGCCCAGCAAAUUUCAAAGAAGAAGCUCCCCACAAGCGCCUGGCGGCGUGGGGGUUGGGGCAUCGAGCGUCUCCUCAACGCCGAGCAACCAGCCCCGGAAGCGCGUGAAACGCUGUUGCCGCAACUUCGUCACCUUCAUGUGCACGCAGGUGGGCGUGGGCGCCCUGAUCGUGCUCUACGCCAUCUGCGGGGCGUUCGCCUUCAUGAACAUCGAGCGGGAGUACGUGGACAAGACGGCGGCCCAUGUGCUGGAGCUGCGACAGAACUGCUCGCAGCUGCUGUGGUACAUAACCGAGGAGCACAACCUGAUCGACAAGCGGAUGUGGGUCAACGAAACGAACGCGGUGCUGCGGGAGUACCAGGCCCAGAUAGCGGGCAUCAUCAAGAACGGCUACGUGGGCCGCAGUCCCGAGCAGAUCUGGAGCUUCCCGGCGGCCCUGAUGUUCUGCUUGUCGGUGAUCACAAUGAUUGGCUACGGCAACAUGGUGCCGCGCACCCCCUGGGGCAAGGGCUUCACCGUAAUCUACGCCACCUUCGGCAUACCCCUCUACAUUCUGUACUUCCUCAACAUGGGCCGCGUCCUGGCGCGCUCCUUCAAGUUUCUGUAUCGCUCCAUGCACGACUGUACACAGGAGCGCAACUUCGAUUCCCGACUGGAUGCCCUGGAGAACGGUAGCCUUGGCGCCCUGACGCUGCGCAAGAAGAUCAUUGUGCCCUCCACCGCCUGCCUGUGGGUGAUAAUCUUCUAUGUGCUGACUGGGACCAUUAUGUUCGCCAACUGGGAGAAGUGGAGCUUUCUGAACAGCUUCUACUUCUGCAUGACGUCGCUGUGCAAAAUAGGCUUUGGGGACUUUGUGCCUGGGGCUUCGCUGACGACCGCCGCCGAUGUGGAUGCGGCCACGCAUAAGUUGCAGGAGGACAUCGCCGCCGAUCCCAACGAGCUCUCGGAGCUGCAGUCCAUAGCCGAUCAGCACUCGAAGCUGGCCAUCAACUUCGUCUACAUGCUGCUCGGCAUGGGCCUAGUGGCCAUGUGUCGCAACCUGAUGCGCGAGGAGGUCCACGUGAAGCUCAAGGAGAUGAAGGAGGACGCCAAGCUGUGUGUCGAGGACACGCGUCUGCGUUUCGUGGGCUGCUGUGGCGAUCCGCGUGAUGUCUACGAGAAUGAUUACUACUAGGCCGGAAUGGCCAGAGUGUGUGGUGUGUGUGUGUGUGUGUGUGUGGUGUGUGUGUAUGAGAGUGUUGUUGGUAGGAAGGAUCGGAUGAAUGUAUGUCGCCUAAUCCCAAAUAUAUGGUUUGCCCUGCCCC